AUGUUUGAAAAACGACUCCUAACUCCCAAAGAGACAAUCUUGAAGGCGAUUACAGAAGAGAAAGAAUGGAUAAGGGCGCAACCGUGCCCAUCCCCAAAACCGAUGAUCCCGGUGAUCAGAGUCGAACCAAAUCCUAAUACUGCUGGACUCAUGUCUAUCUACACCGAUGCGGCAUGGAAUCCAUCAACGGGUGAAGCAAGGCUUGGUUGGAUCAUUGAUGAUCGGAUCUCGAAAACGCAGCACUCAGCGAGCCUGACUUCGGUCUCCUCGCCCCUCAUGGCGGAAACCUUGGCGGUAAUAACUGCCAUAAACUUUGCCCUCUCUCACGGCCUCGAUGCAGUCUCAAUACUCUCUGACUCUCAAAUCCUCAUGAAUACGAUCAAGAAGAGGGAGAACAAGCUUGAGAUCUUCGGUGUGCUUCGAGAUAUCUACUCUCUGCUUCCUUCAUUUAAGUCAAUCUCUUUUUCAUUUAUUAAUCGUACGGCUAAUGUUUGGGCCGAUAAUGUUGCUAAACAAGCCCUAUGGGCUCUAAACAAUGUUUAA